AUGAAAUAUGUCGCCCUUCUCAGCGGCGGCAAGGACAGUUGCUACAACCUGAUUCAUUGCGCAAAGAAUGGGCACGAACUUGUAGCAGCUGCGUCACUUGGUCCUGAGCCUGGUAAAGGUAUGCGAGAACUGGAUUCUUAUAUGUACCAAACCGUCGGACAGGAUGCUAUCGAAUAUGUGGCUCAAUGCCUUGACGUCCCACUCUAUCGUCGUGUCAUCUCUGGGACCUCGCUUGAGCAGGGAUCUGAAUACGGAAGUAGAGCAGCCAGCUCAUCUUCUGGGGUCAAAGGAGACGAGACCGAGGACCUUUACGAGCUUCUACACGACGUAAAACGUCAUCACCCUGAUGUCCAAGGCGUUUCCGCUGGAGCAAUCUUGUCGAAUUACCAGCGCGUUCGCGUAGAACAUGUGUGCCGACGCCUGGGCCUCACUGCGCUCUGCUACCUGUGGCAGCGCGAUCAAGGAGAACUACUUUCCGAGAUGGUCGACGCUGGACUGGAGGCCAUCCUCAUCAAGGUCGCUGGUAUUGGUUUGGCGACAAAACACCUGGGUAAGACUCUUGGGGAGAUGCAGCCCACGCUUGUGAAGCUGAACACGCUUUACGGAUCCCACAUUUGCGGCGAAGGAGGGGAAUACGAGACACUCACGCUGGAUUGCCCGCUCUUCAAGAAACGUAUCCAUCUCGAACACGUUGAGACGGUCAUUCACUCCGACAACGACUUUGCCACCGUCGCGUAUCUCAGGAUAAAAAGCGCAACGCUAGAACCCAAAUUGGGGACAAUCUCCGAUUGUGAGGUCGCCGUUCCGCGCCUUCUGGACGAAGAUAUGGGCGAUGUCCGCGAGGCUGUUGAAAAAUCGCAGUCGGUCGUCAUUCCUAGGACAGAUGGGCAAAGUCUGUCGGUAGAGGGCCCUGUGACAUUGCCGAAGGAUAUCAGCAUCAGGGAAGUGGGAGACUGGGUCGCCAUCGGGAGUAUACAACAUCCAUCGUCAGGCGAGAGCCUUUCCAUAGAGGACGAAGUGGCAGCUUGCUUCGAGUCGUUGAGAGGUAGCAAAGACUACGGCCGUGUGACCUAG